UUGGUCGGGGCUACGGCAUCCCGACAACCUAUUUAAACCAACUUUCAGGAACUGGCAUCAAAGUACCAUUUCCAGCCAGGCUGCGUCCUUGAGCCUCUGCAGCCUCGGAAGAGGGAGUCCUUAGCUGAAACAUUCAGGAGCCUGGGGUCCCAGAAGGCUUCUCGGGAUGGAUGUCACUCGCCUACUGCUGGCCACCCUAGUGGGCUUCUUAUGCUUCCUUGCCAUCUACAGCCACAUGGUACCUGAGGAGACGUUCAGAGAUGACAGGAGUCUGAGGAGCAACUCCUCUGCAAACUCAAGGGAUUUCUCUUCUGUUUCUAUCGUGGCACUGAACAAGAAAUCCAAGAAGGUCAGCAGAAAAGAAGCUGAGAAGGGGAAGAGAUCAUCCAAGAAAAAGGUCUCGAAGAAGGUGGCACGGCCCCCGCCACCCACGCCCUGCGUGGCUACCCGAGACAGCUGCAAGCCGCCUGCACCCGUCUGCUGCGACCCAUGCGCCUCCUGCCAGUGUCGCUUCUUCCGCAGUGCCUGCAUCUGCCGCGUACUCAACCCCAACUGCUGAACGCGCUCUUGCGCUGCGCACGCAGCUUCCGGGACGGGUGACUGGGCGGGGCUUCAGG